GACCAAUUUAAAAAUAAUUAAUGCUACAGAGAAAAAUAUAAUAUAUGGAAAAGAGGGAGUUCAGAUAAACUUGACAUGCACUGUAAAUAAUGGUAUACCAUCAGCAACUUUAAUUUGGAGUAAAGAGGGUCAGACUGUUACAAAUGGUAGUAGUGACACUCUGCUGUAUCAGUUUACACCAACUACAUUCGAUCAUAUGCAAAACAUGUCAUGUUAUGCCGUUAGUGAUUUGUUGAUAUCUCCACUGUCUCGGACAAUAUACUUAGAUAUACAAUAUAGACCUUACUUGACGAUUAUUCAGCGGAAUAAAGGAUCAAUUACUGAAGGUGAAUCUGUGGAAUUGUGUUGCCAUUCAAACAGUAAUCCACACGUACAUUACAUAGCAUGGUUAAGAAACAAUCAUGAAAUUUUGUUUUGGAGACAAAACGGUACAACUUAUUUUGAUGAACUCAAUAAAGAUUUCUGCCUUCCGAUUAAUUCGGUAUAUAGAAACCAUACCGGAAAUUACACGUGUUUUGCAGAAAAUAUCAUUGCAAAAUCGAAUUCCUCAAUUGCCAUCAAUGUUUUAUAUCCUCCAGAUGUUAAAGUAGCCUAUGCAAUUACAGAACAAAGAAUAACGCUUCUUUGCAUUCCCUAUGGAACACCAGACAAUUAUACAUUUUAUGAUUGGGAACACAGAUCAGAAUUCAAUGAACACAUUCGUGGUAUCCAUGGAACACCGGAAGGUCAACUUAUUAUAAACAAAUCUCAGAUCAGGAAAGCAAAUGAAGACGACGGUAUUUACGUGUGUACUGUAUCUAAUGGUGUCUCAAAUCAAAAAGGGAAGUUUAGUCAAGAAGGUCAAGUUUGCAUUGAAUCAAGUGUAUCACCAGUCUUUGUUGCAGACAAUACACCAGUUCAAAUUGGACAAUAUGGAAAAAUAGUCACAUUAACCAUUAAAGUUUAUGAUAAACUCUAUAAUAGCCAAGUUUUUAUAAUUAAAAAGAAUGGUGCGACUGUUGGGGUUAAGCCAACGAUAGAAAAUAUAACCACACAUGAUACAUUUUAUGGGGUAAAAAUAAGAGUUGCUGGAAUACAAUUUACUUUUCACCUGCAUUUGACAUCAGCAAACGAUUUCACGAGCUACAUUGUGGAAGCACGCAACGAUGUAGGAUGUAAUUACUUCUACGUACGAGUACAAUCUGAAAGUUGCCCGGAACCACCAUCAAAUGUUUCAGUUAAAGCAACAGGACAGAUAGUAACCGUGUCAUGGAUUCCAGGUUUCAAUGGAGGUUUCGACCAAGAAUUUUUCUUAGAAUUUGGAACAGACUUCAGUUUGAACUUUACAGUAAGAGUACCUGAAAAGGAAACUAAAGAGGAGAAAAUGGACCACAGUUUAGAUAACCUGUCUCCAAACACAGCAUAUUUUAUUUGCAUAUUUUCUAAAAACAAGAAAGGAGAUAGUAAUAAAACAGAUUACGUUGCUUUCGUGACACCACAGGUAUCACAAGAAGAGUCUACUUUGCAUAGAAAACUAAUUGCACUACCAGUAGUUACCACGAUUGGAUUGUGUUUAACUAUUGGAAUUGGAAUUUUUCUGUACAUAAAACAGAAAGCAAAAGGAUCAUUUGGAACAAAUAUAAGUGGCACUGAAGAUGAAUAUGCAUCGGAUACUCAAGGGAAUUCCGUUGAAAACCGCCUGUACCAGUCUGCUGAAUGUUUAGAUCCAGAAACCAGACGAGGUGAAGCAGAACUUGAUAACCCAAUAGCAUCAUCUUCGCAUGAUAAUCAACUAUACCAGAUGCAGAUGCAAACUUACAACGAAAAUGAUGGAAAGAGUUUGCAAUGUGCACUAGUUCAGAAAAUUGAGAAAUUACCAGUAGAACCUAUGUCAAAGAUUAUUGAAGCUGACUUGAACUAUGCAGAAAUUGUAUUUGAGGACCGACAAUUGCCUGGUCCAGUGAUUAUUCACGGAAUUGAUGAUAAGACAAUAUAUUCUGACAUAGUUAUUGGAGACCAAUUUCCAAAUCUACUAUCCACCAAUGACAGUUCAAGUGAAAGUGAAGACGAUUUUAUUUAUGUAGAUGGAAUCGAAAAUUACACUGAAAGAAGGAAAAUGAAUGCAUCUCAGCAAUAAUUGUUGUGUACAUACCAUGUAUAUAAUUAUGUAAAAUUCAAUUCUGAUUGUGUUCUACUAUUUUCUGUAUAAAACUUAACACUGGACAAACAUACUGUUUACAACCAAUGCAUACAUAGCAUCACUAUGGAAUACGAGGCAAUCUACAUUACUCGAUUAAAGAUUUUCUACACGAGAGAGCACAUGACGUCGUCCUCGAAAAUGCAAGAUCCAACCAUGUACCUGUCCAGUCUGGAGUUCCUCAGGGCAACGUCAAAUACUAUUGCUGCUAUACAUCUAUGCCUUAACGUAUUACUCCGUCAACAAAUCAUCAGUUCGACUUUUUGCCGAUGAUUGCGUCCUGUUCAUGCAAAUAAAAAGUAACAGAGACAUGGACCUACUCUAAGAAUAUAUGGAGGCACUACAAGCAUAGGCGAAUGGCUUGCUAAUGAAAUUUCAUCCUAAAAGAUGCGAAGUCCUACAAAUUACCAACAAGAGAAAACAUGUUAAAACAACUAUAUAAAAUGUAUAGCCAUGUCUUAAAGGAAGUUGAAUUGAAAAACAUUUGGGAGCAAACAUACUCAAAACAAUUAACUGGAGUACGCACAUAGAAAUGAUAAAACAAUUCAAAACAGAAGGGCUUUCUUGCAACACCUACCAGUGCCCACGCAAGACAAAGGAACUCUGCUAUAAGAUCCCCAUAAGACCACAGAUGGAGUAUGCCAGCAUCAUAUGGGAUCCAUACAUAAACAACAAUAUUUAUAACCUGGAAAUGGUACAACGUAGGGCCGCAAUACCGUAAUGGGCGACUAUCACCUAACAAUAAGUGUAACAAACCUUUUUCUUCAACUGCAAUGGUCAACCCUACAACAACGUCGAACUAUGAACAGGUUCAUCAUGCUGUAUUGCAUUGUCAACCACCUGAGUGUAAUACCAAAAACCCUACUUAGUUUCAAAAGUAACAACUUAAAGAAGACACAACCAAAGAUUCAUUGUUCCAUUUACAAGAACGCAGGUAUACCAGUUCUCGUUUUUUCCCGACACUAUUCCAUAACCAAACAGCCUUCAAUUAAAUACCGUUGUCAGUAACUCAGUCUGAGUUGCAGAAGACAAAGAUGUGUUAAGAACUGUUGCGGUGAUUUUAUUUGUACAUAUGGUUUUAACUGCACUGCAAAACAGUUCGAUGGUCGAGGGUACAUUAUAAAGGAUUGACAAUUAAAUCCUAAACAUGACAAAAGGGAGAAGAAAAUGGUGAUUUUUGUUUACCCCAUUUUGGCAAACGAAUCAAAGAAUGCAAAUUUUGAUACAAUAAAUAUCCAAAUAAGGUAUGCUAUUUUGAUCAAUAACUAUAUCAUAUGUGGCCUUAGGCUGUUUUUGCUCUUUGGUCGGGUUGUUGUCUUCUUGGCACAUUCUCCGUCUCCAUUCUCAUUUAAUAGAUAAAAUUAUAAAAGUUAUCAGUUUGUUUAAUUACACAUUGUAUGCCUUCUUCUUGUCAUAUAUUUGUAUGUCCAUGUUUGUUAUACUAGGUUUUGUUCAUUUUGUCACAAAUCAUUUUUUGUUGAUUCAUACGUCAAAAACAUUUCAAUUUUGAA